AUGGAUUCCUUGGGCGUGUCGUGGGAGCGAAUUGUGCUUGGCAGCUUGGUUGUCGCGAAUGUGCUUGCCACAGCCAAUCAUUCAUUCUUGGACGGCCAUCCGAGUUCGGCAAACAUCGCUCGACAGCUGGGGCCGCAGCUCUCUUCACGAGCAUCGGUCUUCGGCAAGGACGAUCCCAAGUUUGCAAAUGCCACUGCGCGGUGGCAGUCUUACCAGCCUCCGGACAUCGGUGUCGUGGUGCAAGUAGGCACCGAGGAAGAUGUCGCUACGACGGUCAAGUUUGCGAACCAAGUUGGCGUUCCCUUCCUCGCGGUCAACAGGGGCCAUGGCAUUGCUGCAUCGCAAAGCAAACUCCGCCGCGGCAUCGAGAUAUGGCUGGAACAGCUCGACGACUUCGAAAUAUUCCCCAACACGUCGUCGGCCUUUCUCCAAGGCGGCGUUUGGGCCGAGCAGAUCCAGCAACCCCUGUGGGAUGCCGGCUACGUUAUAAGUACGGGAUCAUGCGCUUGUGUUAGCUUGUUAGGCCCCGCCCUUGGAGGCGGACUCGGUCUUUACCAAGGGCACUACGGCUUGAUUGCCGAUGGAAUAAUCUCGAUGAACGUGGUCUUGGCGAACGGGAGCGCCGUUACAGUGUCUGAAAACUCGCAUCCAGAUCUAUGGUGGGGUAUGCGAGGAGCCGGCCACAACUUUGGAAUAGUAACCAGCUUCCACGCACAGAUUCACCGCCGGACGGUGGACGAAUGGUACUUUGCGCAGUAUAUUUUCACCGAAGAAAAGGUAGAAGUUGUGAGCGAAGCUUUGAAUUCGCUAAUGGAAAACAACCAGCCCAAAGAGCUUUCGUAUUUCGCGACUUUUCUUUGGAACACCUCUAUAAGCACAACGGCACCAGUGGUGCAGCUGACGUUCUACUAUGCCGGGGCGCCGGAGAGCGCAGCGCCGUACCUCGAGCCAUUCCAAGAUCUCGGUCCCGCCUUCGUUGCCGACAACAGCGUGCCGUACCCACAGAUCCCAAACGAAACGGGCAACGGCGCAACGAGUCCGGAUUGCCAGAAGGGGCUCACACGCAUGCACUUCGCCACCGGCCUGGAAGCGUACAACGGCACCGCCACCCGCCAAGUCUUUGCCCUGUUCAAAGCGGAAUCGAAACGCAGCCCCGCGAUCCAGGAAAACAGCGUCGUCGUGUUCGAAGGCUAUUCGGUGCAGGGCGUAAAGGCUGUUGAUCCCGACUCAACCGCUUACGCUCAUCGCGGUGAUAACAUCCUCGCCGCCGUCAUCAUCGGCUAUCCCCCGAACUCUGCCCUGGAUUCUGACAUCAUCGCCUGGGGCAACCGCGCGGUCCACGUGCUCGUCCAGGGAAGACAAAGCCGCCGAAGGACUACCUAUGUGAACUACGCUCUUGGCACCGGCGACGAGUCGCUUGAAUCCAUUUACGGCUACGAGCCGUGGCGCUUGCAGAAGCUGGUGCAUUUGAAGAGGCGCUAUGACCCGGACCAGAGGUUCGCUUUCUACAUCCCCAUUCCCGUCUAG